CGUUUGUUUUACCGCAUGUUUCCCCGCUUCUUGCGCGCCAUUUGUAUCUUGUUCGCUUGUGCCCGGUUAAAUUCUUGACGCUUUGCCUGUUUCUUUUACUAUCGACUCAAAGAAAAAAGUUAUUUCCGACCAAUUGCAAAGAAAAUAUUGUUGUUUUUCCGUGUUUUGUUGUGUUGUGGAACAAAUUUAGCGGACAAUUCCAUUCAAACCAACCCUAGAAAUACAACCACUACACCAUAGGACGAUUAUGCUUACAAGGGGGAAAAAAGGAUACUGUGUACUCUGUGGCGGCAGCGUUGUGUUGCAAAAUUGAUGUCUUUGCUGCGGCGCAACUGUUUUGCGUAAUUCUGUGUGUUUGUAAAACACGUGCGUCGUGUCAUCUUGGGCUCAUCUACCAACACAUCGGACGGGCAGUUUCGAAAUGGCGGAGAAAUCGGAAACACUUGUCACCAAGGAGGAGCGCGUUAACGAAGCAAAGGAACUGUUUGGUCGCGGUAGCAGAAACUAUUGUAUGAAACAGUACGCGGACGCGGCCGACGAUUUAAGUGAAUGCUGUUCCAUUUACUCCGAGGUGUACGGACCGAAUGCGGACGAAUUAGGAUUGCCUUAUCUCAUGUAUGCCAAAUCUCUGAUUGCCCUCGGGAAAGACGAGAAUAAUCUGAUCGUUGCGGAAGGAGCUGAAGACGAUGAGGAUGAUGAUGACGAUGAGGAGGAGGAGGAGGGAGAGAACGAAGGCGAUGAGAAAGAGCAAGCGGAUAGUUCUGAUAAAGAAAAGGAAAACGAAGCAAUGGAUACGAAGGAAUCAUCAAACGAAGCUGGAGAUGCUACAGCAACGGAUAAGGAAAAUGAUAAAGAUAAAGAAACCGAAGACAAACCCGAAAAGCAAGAAGUCUCUGAUUCUGUUGUAGCCGGUUCUAGCGGGUCUAAGGAUGUAAACGGUGAACCACAACCGGGGCCAUCGACUUCGAAUGGAGGUGGAGGAGAUACAAGUGUGCAGGAGGAGGCAGCAGAUAAUUUGCAGGUUGCUUGGGAAAUCCUUGAACUGGCGGUUAGCAUUUUCCAGCAGCAGGGUGAAAAAGGUUACGACAAUCUGCCCGACUGCUAUACGGAAUUGGCAGGGAUUUCUUUUGAAAACAGUUUCUUCAAGGAAGCGAUCAAGGAUUAUGUGAAAGCAUUAGAAAUUUACAAGAAAACAAAACAACCUGAUCUGCGUUUGCUGGCCGAGGUGAACUACAAAGUUGGUUUGUGCUACAUGAUGGAGAAAGAGUUCGAAGAGUCGAUAAAAUCGUUCAAAGGAGCUGUAUCGGAGCUGGAUAAAAUAGUAGAGGAGGAAAAAGCGAAAGAGCAGACGGAUGACAUCAAGGAAACAAUACUGGAUCUGGAACAAAUGAAGGUGGAAAUUUUGGAUAAAAUUACUGAUGUCGAAGAUGCGUUGAAAACGCCAAUUGAAGAUGUAAAGCGGGAGCUUUCAAAGAUUCUCGUUUCCGGUGAGGGUGAAUCGAAUGGCAAGGAUCUAAACAAUGGUGCAGGUACCUCUUCUGCUGUCGGUAGCUCCAAUGGUAGCAGUUCGAAGCCCUCAGUAACUUCCACAAAGCCGGCAAAUGACAUUUCGCAUCUUAUCAAGAGGAAGAAACCCGAUAGCGUUACCGCGGAAGUAGAAGGAUCACCGGCGAAAAAAACUGCUUCCGAAUCGGAAAACGUAGCGGCGUCACAUAACGCCAGUGCGUAAGGUAUAUACAGCAAAAAAAAAGACAGAAGCAAGUAUUCUCUGAAGAUCUAUGUUUAGUUCUUUUGUAUCUUUUGUUCGAAUAAUUUCUUUCGCUCUGGUGGUAUGCACAAUUCAUUUGGUUUACGAAGUUUCUAUGUCUAUUGUAAGUAGCUUAGGCAAAGCAGUAAAAUUUGUUUUUAUUUUCUUACUUUAUGUUCCAUUUCUUAUCUUUGAAAAGACACGUUUUUAAAUUAUGCAUUGAUAUUAUUCCACGACUCUUCUUAAUGUUUUUUUUUUUUUGGUUAAAUUGUGGACCGGCAUUCCUAGUUGUCUGUUUGAACAUGCGCUUUGCAGACCGUAGCAAGACAAUUGUAUCAAUUCUAUGUUCUUUAAUAAAUGUAUGGAAAUUUUUAAAAACAGUAA